AGGGGGGAUCUGACAACUUACCAAAUGUCACAACCUCGGGGUCGGCGCCGCGAUCCGGAAUGACCUUCAGAUCACCCUCGAGAACGGGGAGGGCGCCACAGGCUGUUAGCAGAAGGGCUAAAGGGCCAGUGAGCCCCGAGGCGUCAGCUAAGGACAUUCCCGAGCCGAGUGGAGAAAAGGAAGUUGUGGACGUUCCGGGAGAAGAGGAUGACGAGGAUGACAGGUUGAGGAAAGAAGAGGAUGAAAAGGCCGAGCAAAGGGCCAAGAAGAGAAGUGCCAAGCCGGACACAGAUCAGGCACAAGAAGUAAAGAAGAAGAAAUACGUGGUUCGAGUGGAAGAGGGGUUUGACGUGGAAGAGAUAAUGGACAAGAUUCUCGAAGGUCAUAACCAUCUUAUGAACUUGAAGGACGUCCUGGCCUCAACGCCUAGUCUCAGGGAUGAGCUAAGGGCGGGACUAUCCAGAAAAAUGGUAGCCAGUGUACGGUUAGGGACUAUAAUCCCUAAGGAGGCCAAGUGGGCCGAGACAGGCACGAAAAUGGACUGGAAGUCGGUAGUCUGUGGAUGCCUCGAUGUGGUGGUAAAAGGAACGACGUGCACAACAAUGGUGGAUAUCGGCGCCGAAAUGAACCUCAUAAAGGAGGCAGAUGCAGUGCGUUUAGGGAUGGAGGUAGACCACUCCGACAACGGGGUUCUGAUGGGAGCAAACAGUCGGUCGAUUUUCAUAGGGACCACGUCAUCAGUGAUACUGGAGAUUGGAAAGGUAAAGGUCAGGAGUUGUUUCUUUGUAAUGCCUGACCUUGAUCACCCCAUCCUACUAGGAAGGUCAUUCCUGAGCAGGACAGAGACGGUCAUCCUCAAUAAACAUGACGGAACUAUGUUCCUCGUCCCGUGCGAUCCCGUAUGUGGGAAUUACGAGUUUAUUACUUGCAAGAACACAGGGCCCAAGAGUGUCAGGAACCGGCCCAACCCCGGUUCGUUCAGAAUUGAAGAGUCAGAAGAAGAGAGGCUGAGAAUUGAAAACAACAGGCUUGAGGAUAUAAGAGAGCCUGAGGCGCUGACUCUAAGCUUGGCGAACAUAGGCGACGCUAUGGACAUAGUGUCGACCUAUGGGAUGGCGGAUCCAGAGGCUGUGGAGGCCUUGAGGGAAAAAGUAGUAGAGCAAAUGGGCGCAGGGGAGAUGAAAUUGUUCAAGCGCGAGACCUUGGCGGUUCUUCACUGCUUAAGAAUUUUCAGAAACUACCUCUUUGGCAGUAGGUUCGUGUUGAGGGUGAAUGCUACGGCGCUGGCCGGCUCUCUCAAGAACUUCGCUCCUUCAGAUCCCGCUAUCGCCAGAUGGCUAACGUACAUCUGGAUGUUUGACUUUGAGUUGGAGCGGAUUCCCGGGACCAAGAAUAAAGCAGACGGGUUGAGUCGCGUCGACUGGGACAAGAACAAUCAGGGAAUGAUCGAGGAUACUCCACCAGUUGACGGGUUUUUGGACAGCGAGGAGGAUGUGAGACUUCACAUGAACUCCUAGCAUUGGCCGUGGGGGGCCAGGUGGACUAGCCAUAGAAGUCAUUCAUUCACAUCAACAAACCUCAAUAAAACAUAGCACCGAGC